GUUUCAUCAGACCCGAAGUCAGGAACAGCUGGCCUCCUUGGUUAUUAACUUCAACGUCUUCCCAGCUUUUAUCCUUCCUCAUUCCCUUCUUUGACCCUUGUGCGUCGUCAUCGUUGCCCUUAUUUUUCUUGUUCUUGUCUGGCUAGAUUCGCUGUGCGGAUAUACGGUCCGUCUAUAGUGGAAAAAGAGCUUGGAACUCCUGCCUCAUUUACGCGACAUCUGGUCUUUUUCGACUGUACAUAUCUUUUCAUUUUGUGGUCAUAACUCAUCACCUUUCUCUCCUUGAGAUCGUGCCCUACGCAAAGAAGACUUUUUCACAUCUAUCACCAUGUCUUCGAAACAAAAGACACAGAAAAAGCCAAAGGCUGCAAACAAAGCAGCGCCACAGACGCAGAGGGCCCCAGCAUCAACAAUCCUUCUAAACGUGGGCCGAGCAGCAGCACUUCUCCUCAUCGCCGGUUUUGCUUCUCCAGUCUCUCAGCUAAAUCUAUCGCCCGUCUAUGGAUCCAUUCCUGCAUCGCUGCAUCACCAGCGGACCAUGACCAUUGUUGCUGUGGCAGCUUUGUUGGUCCGACGAGGACUCAAGAGCUAUGUAUCUGCAAAUGUGUCCCAAUACAUCGCUGUGGUUGCGUACUGGACCCCCGUCAUACAGUUUCUCCUCUUCCCAUACAGUGAAAAGAUGGGAAUUGAGUAUGGACCUAUGGCAAUUGAGUUGUUGACAUACUUUCCGUUGCUUUUCUUGUCAAUCUUCGCUGCUGCCGAUCUACUCGAAUGCAUCGAUAUCAGUGGCUUGAAUCCCUCUCCGUUGAAGGAGAUUGUCAUUCCUACUGCUUCAUACUUUGCUGUUUCCACCACAGCCAAGAUCAGCAGCGCUUUCAUCCCAAGCUUCAUCGGCACAUCGGUCUACUUCACUCGCAUUGGCUUUCAGAUGCUGCUCGCAUCCGUAUCUGCCUUCUUCAGCCCCUCACGCGUCAUUCUGCUUGCGUUCCCUGCUAUCUUGCAUACGCUUUGGACCAACCCACACCAUCCGUCAACUCACGGACUUCAAUUGGCCAACUCGACUCUCCAAGCAACGCAAAACUAUACCCUUCUUGCUCGACAGGAAUCAGUCACCGGCUACGUUUCAGUGGUUGAAAGCCAAUCUGAAAGUGCCUUCCGUCUCCUUCGAUGCGACCACUCCCUUCUAGGUGGCGAAUGGCUCGUCACCCCAGAAGCAUAUGCCAAAGGCCAGCGACAGCGCGAGUCUAUCUUCGCCGUCUUCGUUUUGCUCGAAGCUGUCCGACUUAUCGAACCCCCCGUCGCAUCUAUCCCAGCUGUAGACGAGAGCAAGAAAUCCGCCCUGGUCAUUGGUCUCGGAAUUGGCACUGCGCCCAACGCCCUGAUUGCUCACGGUCUCAACACCACUAUCGUUGAACUCGACCCCGUAGUCCACUACUACGCAACUAAGUACUUCAACCUCAGCCCCAACCACAAUGCUGUCAUUGCCGACGCUACCUCCUAUGUGGCCGAGAAGUCCGUCUCUGCCCCCGGAAGCUACGACUACAUCAUCCACGACGUCUUCACCGGCGGUGCAGAGCCUGUAUACCUCUUCACCACCGAGUUUAUGCAAGGGCUGUACAACCUCCUCAAGGACGACGGCUUCGCAGCCAUCAACUACGCCGGCGACCUCACUCUCGGAAGCACGCGCCUGGUCCUCAACACCAUCCACGCCAUCUUCCCCGCCUGCCGCAUCUUCCGCGAUUCCCCCGCCUCCGAGGAGCGCAAGGAUGGCGACGCCGAUUUCAUCAACAUGGUCAUCUUUUGCGUCAAGAACGACCAUGGUCGCGGAAAAGAAGGAAUUCGUUUCCGCAACGCGAAGCCUGCUGAUUACCUGGGUAGCAUUGCGCGUCGCAACUUUUUGCAGCCACAGGAGAAUCUUGAGGUCAAGUAUGAGUAUGUGCCCAAGGAGGAUGGGGGUAAGGUUAUGGGAAAUGCGGAUGUGGGUGAGUUGGAGAAGUUUCACAAGGAUGGUGCGGUUAGUCAUUGGAAGAUUAUGAGGACUGUACUUCCUUCUGGUGUUUGGGAGAUGUGGUAGGAGAAGUUUGGGUUGUGUGGUUGUUUGUGAGAGGGAAAUGGAGAAGUUAGAGUGGGAGAGAUAAGCGAGUUGUGGGAAGUUGCAGAGGAGAUUCUGCCGUAUAUAGUUACAUAGACGAUAUUGUUGUUUGCUCGAAUUACAGUAUAUUUACUAGUUGCACAGCGUACAGCUUCGAUAAAUUGAAC